CACUGUUAAUGUUGUUAAAGCUAACCUAAAUAUGUGGCGGUAAAUAGAUUUUGUUAAGAAUUAUUCAUCUUAUUGUGCAGUCAUUGUUGUAAGGUGUUAUAAAUCAUUAUUCACAUCAUGACUACCGCCACAGUUUGCUACUGGAAGCAACUUUGGAGAUGGACAACAUCAAAUAGCUUAUCGAGUGAGGAACUGACAGCUGUGUUGCACAAAAAGGAGAUAAUCGACGCACUACGAGAGGGCCUAGCAAGUUACAAACCUUGGAAGAAAGAAGGUUAUGCACAGCUGCAAACAAAACAUGCUGAUCAAACUUCACUUCUGAAUGUCGUGCACACGUUACAGAAUUAUAUGGAUGUAGAUUGUUUUCAAAUAUGGGAAAUACUAAAGCACUAUCUCUGUGACAUAUCUUACGGCACAACAGCAAACGCUCUUAAGAAUGUUGCAUUUGUGGACACUCGCCCCACUUUUCUACUGCCCAACAUAUGGAACUUCUAUUAUGCAGAGAGACUUUUCCUACUCAAGUUGUUGCAGUAUAUAUUGCAACACAAAGAUGAUAGAAGCCACAAAUAUCAAGCACAAUUCAGUAAAAUAAUCAAUGACAUAGGAUUGGAUAAGUUGAGGGAAUCUUUAAUAGACCAGUUUGAGAAGGUUUUGUAUACGGCCCCGCCUCCAAGAAGAAUACAUAAUGAAUUUUCCAGUGACACGGUUAGGCAAGAAUGGGCGGAGUUCAAACUGCGAGAGAAGGUUGCCUUAUUACAGAACAUACUGCUGUUGGCUGUUGAAAAGCCAUUUACUGAUGCAGAUUUUAUAAAACUGUUUUCACUGUAUAAGAAACAUAAUUUUGGGAAGAAUUUGGGAUACAAUGAGUUGUUGGAGCAAGAGCACAAGGAGCUCUGCAUGAGACUGAUGUAUCUGGAGACUUGUAUUUUCAUGGUGAUGCUUGCCAAGGUUGACAAAAGCCAAGACAAGUUGCCUGCAUGGAUUAACAAAACAAAAGAAGUAGUAGAAUCUGAACUCAGACAACUGCAACUUAGUCCGGAGCACAGCCCUAUGCUAAUGGCCUGGAUGUUACUCUUAUUGCAGAGCAAUGAACAUGCAAAACUGUUUGAAAGCCAAUAUCACCACUUUGGUGCAACUGCCCUCAAAAUGCGGCUAUUUGAGUUUCUUCAUGCAAUGCUAAGCAGCCCUGUGUUUUCUGAUAGAUCUCCAUGCGCCUCGCUAGCCCGUAGCUACACCUUUCGCUUCCUCAACGAGCUAUGCGACCGCUUCGACGGUGACGGCACCAUCAGCAACCAGCCCGGGGUCAUGCCACUUUGCUCCCUAUUGCUAGAGACAGAAGAACUAUCCACUGAGUUCUGGAAGCUGACGCAGAAGGAAGAGGGGAAUGGUGUUGUGUCGCUAUGGAAUACGGCACUGGAGUUUUUCCCUCAUAAUUUUAGCUCGUUGAGCGUGCUGUCAGCUGGACUGGCGAAGGGUGGGGUGAAUAGUGUAAGAAAUCUCGUAGCCGAACUGAAAAGCCUACCAGUCUACACCGAAAUCUUCAAUCCCAACACAGUCCCAAUAAUGGCUAUGAACUCCGAAGAGGCCGUCAUAGGCCGCGACCACUACCCACUAGGCGGCCCAACCUAUCGCAUCGAGGCCGGAUCUAAAGCCACUAUCAUGGAGAGAAAAGAAGGCACUAUGAUACAUUACAGAACUCCUUAUAGCUACUGGACUGUGUUGAAUAAAGUAAUCGAACAAGCGUUGGACAGAAAAGGACAUCAUCAACAUGAUAUUAGUAUGACGUUGCAAAGAGUUUACGAAGGCACUAAGGUUUUGAAAAGAGUGUUAAAAGCUUUAGUGGAGUAUAAAGAGAUUCCGAAGAUGUUAGUAGAGCCGAGUGAAGGUGUUUUUGAUGUGCUAGUGCGGUUUAUGAAGGCGGAAACGCCGCCAUUGUCGUUGUUGGUGGAGUGUUUGGAGACGUGUACGGCGUUGAUACCAUUGUUCCCUAAAGAGAUUCAUAUGCGGCUGAUAAACACUGGUCUUCUUCCACGCAUAAUAAACCGCCAAUUGUCCCCUGCUCGAUACGCAGCCGGUGAAGGUCUGGAUUCGGCCGCUGCGGGCGCCUACCUCGUCACUCUAGAGCAGCCCAGUGGCUCCUACAGCUUCUUGAAGGCCUACAUUGAGAUGCUGUGCACAUUCCACGAGAUGUGCGACGACGAACGCAUCUCCUCCGAAAUCAUCCUCCCCGGCGUCGUCCUGAUCCUCCGCGAAGUGUUCCCCAGCGUUACCGAGUGGCGUUACAGUAACGCGCGGGAACGCCGUUCGCUCUUGCACCUGUGCUCCAAGUUCCUCAAUCUGUUGCUGCAACAGACCAACCGCAGUGUGGCCAAGGAUACCUGUGUGUUUAGUUUGUUGUAUACAGAGAACGCAUUGGAGCUCCUGAAGAUUGUUUCAAUUGGUAACAGCCAACUUGAGCGCAUGAUGCACGGUGAAACGAACUGGACGAGCGGCGAAUGUACACAACACGUAACCACCGUCCAACGCUGCGUCGCCAUCAUCAUGUUCGCGCUACGGCUCAAAUCAACCGUCACAUCCGCGAGCGAAGUGACACCCCUAGAGCAUUUAGUGUUCGCUCAGAACACACAGAAGGGCGCUCUGAGAGUCGUCCCUAGGGUUGCCAGUUACAUAAACCAUGCGUUUAAUAAGAGCCUGCCGGUAUUGGCUUUUCGGUUGUUGAAGAAGUUUGCUCAUGGCUUCCAAAUGUCCCUGUUCGCCGCUCUCGACAUGACGGCGCACCAGGUCCGCGUCAUGUUCCUCGACCGCCUCAGCGACAAGCACGAGACCACCGAGCUUAAGGUCGCCAUCCUGGAGUUCGUGACCACCUGCAUCGCCAACCAGCCCGGCUUGACCGAGGCCUUCUUCAAUAUUAGCCAUGAGAAGAUGGAUACGACUGGCAAGGAUGACAAAGUUCAGAUUAAGCAGGAUGAAAGCGUGGAGGGCGUUUUGAGUUACAUGGCGGAUUAUCUUGGGACUGUUAAGGCUGAUCCAAAACUACUCGACAGCCCAUUGCUAUCAUGUAUCAUGGGCCUAUUCCAUGCUCUGUGGAAAAACAACAUGCAAAUCCUAAUAAAGAAACUACGCGAAAACCCAAAAUUCUGGGAACACAUGACCAGCCCACUGUUCAGUGAAAUUCAACCCGGGCUCAACACUUACGCGCAAAUAUUCAACGUUCUCGGCAUAGAGCUGUUUGUCUCGCGAGAAAAAUAUGAGUCUGGUUUCAAGGACAUGCUCGAAAAGUUCUUCGAUACGAGCAAUAAUUAUCUGGAUACGUGGAUUGGCUACAUUUUCUCGUUCAAAUGUAGGACUGAGGGUGAGCAAAUGGUCGAUAGAGUACCAGUUUGGCUGGGACUCUUGACGUCUUGGAAAGAUUUCACCACCAUCUUCUGUAAAUGUCUGCCUUUUAGUUUAAAUAUCGCGCAUAAAGCUAAAAUGGUUGCCCCCUGCAUGACAGCACUCUUGAACGAACUUGACGAACUUAAAGAUGGAAGACUCGUUGUUAUAUUAGCGGAGUUGUAUGUCAUCAUGCUUGCAAAUUGGAAGGAAGAUUGCUUUGAAAACCGAAAGGCGAGCGCUAAGCAGAUAGAUAACUUGCUCACUAAUACAGCAAUAGUGUACGAAUGUCUUCAUCCUCGGGCCGUUCGCGCUAUUUUGUCCAUAGGAACUGUUGCGAUUAGUACCUUAGAUUAUGAGAUCAAAGGCAACAGUGACAUAGCGCAAAGCGUCAUCAGAUCCGUAACUAACAUAAACAGUUUGGAGCUGGAGAAACUAUUCAAUGAUAUGAAAGAAGAAUCGGCGCCUAAACUAAAGGAAAAGAGUGAGGAAAUCCCUACUGUUGUACUCUCUUUAGCCAUGCUCGAGCAAUGCUUAGAACUUUACGACAAUAUGUCAGUUGGUCUCCCGCAAUGGUUCCAAUCCACAAGAUUCAUCAACAAACUGCUUUGCUGCCUUCAAAACUGCUUACACAAUCGCAGGCACUACCACACUUGUUUAGCCGCUUUACGAUGCUUAACAGCAUACGCGAGAGGACCUUUCGCUAAUGAACUACUAAUGAGUGAUGUCGACCAAUUCCUAUGGCUGAAAUUACUUCCUCCUAAAUUCGAGAACGGGUCAUGGAAACCCGAGGAGUGGUGGCGUGUAUACGGACACAGUUUGGACUUUAUUUCCAUGAUGGUAAUGAAGCAUGGUCAGUUCUUCGCCGGGGAUGCUAUAACCUUCGUGGGCGUACACUUGGAGCAUUUAGUAGAAGCCGUGUUGCUUCCUCGGCAGUUUGUGAAUUUGGAUGCGCUAAAUUUGUGCGCUUCGUCCCUGAACCUGGUGGUGCAACUGGUUAAAUACGAGUCGAGGUGGCGUAUAGAGAAUAUCAACUCUAUGAUGGCUAUUAUGAGGAGUAUAAGCGCGUGUCUGUACCAGUGCGUCACGCUUAUCCUCCGUUCCCGCCGCUCCUCCGACCCGGCGCUGCCGCCGCUGGACGAGAACCAGCAGUCGCCGACCAUCCUACACAGGAUCCUGGAGAUCCUUCACAUGGCGACCCUAUGCCUGCACUCGUUCAGCCCAUCGCUGCUAGCCCUGCUGGCCGCGCCCGUGGACGUGGAGCGCUGGCAGCCGCUAGUGGAGCUCCACUUCGGCGCGCCCAAGAUCUCGUACGAGCCGUGCCCGCAGCUCACCUUCGGCACGCUGCUGGCGGCCGUGUGCAUGUUGACGAGGUCGCUCAAUCAUGCGUACCACAGUGAGGAGUCAAGCGUCGCGCGCUCCCCGCGCGGGCGGCGGCGCGCCUGCUCCUGCAGCCCGGGCGAGCCGCGCCGCGCCAACCGCAGCGAGUCCCUCACCAGCAUCUCGUCGCAGACCAGCGUGGGCCCGCUGCUCAACGACAGGCUGGUCGCCGGCGCGCUGGAGGCCACCGCAACGCUUGCCGCUUCACAGGCGCUCCUAGUAGUCCGCGACCCUAACGUGCCGUCCCGGCACAAGCAGCACGUCCGCCGCGAGCUCGCCUCCGAACUCGCGCUAUUCCACGACUUCGUCCGCAAACGCAUCCUCUGCGGCGCCCACGCCCGCUCGCACCUCGCGCGCAACCACCUCGGCGCGUGGCCGCUACCCGCCAACGAGGAAGAGUUCAAGAGAAUCCAAGAAGUCCAGCGGGAAAGAAACCCGACCAUGGACGAGGAAUCCCUCCCCCCUCCACCACCCCCCAAGCGCGCCUCUCAAGACUCCAUGCGUGAAUAUAUUUUAAGAAAACAUUACUUAGACAAAUGCGCUCAAACACCUACUAAGGAACCUUCCCCCGUCUCACACUCCACUCCCGCCCCUGACAAGAAGAAAGAAGUCUCCAGAAGCUCGAAACGAGUGUCCUGGGCGGAAACAACAACAAGCGACGAAAGCCUAGAAACGUCGCUAGAAGCAAUCGAAUCGGUGUAUUCUAAUCUCACAGACGUACAGAUCAAUAACGAUGAGGAUUAUUUCCAUUUUAUGUCAGUUGUUUUCCUUUACAUUUGCCAGAAUGAAUUGUAAUGUGAAUUGUGUUUAGUAUUCUUUUAUUGUAUUUUUAUCAAUUAAACAACCCCUUUUUGACUAUC